GAAAUCAGUCACGAUACGAAGAAAUUCCGGUUUGGGCUUCCUUCAGCCGAUCACGUAUUAGGAUUACCUGUAGGCCAACACAUAUACCUUUCCGCAAAGAUCGAUGGUAAUCUGGUGAUUUGAGCCUACACCCCAGUUUCCAGCGAUGAGACAAAAGGUUAUGUUGAUUUAAUUAUAAAGGUCUACCACAAAAAUGUGAAUCCCAAGUUUCCAGAAGGUGGGAAGAUGUCCCAGUACCUAGAUGAGAUGAAGAUUGGAGAUACUAUUGAUUUCAGAGGGCCAAACGGGCUCCUUGUCUAUAAGGGGGCAGGUACCUUUCUUAUCAAGCCUCAUAAGAAGUCUGAAGCAGAGAAGAAGUUUGCAAAGCAUCUUGGGAUGAUAGCUGGAGGAACAGGAAUAACUCCUAUGCUGCAGUUGAUUCGUCGCAUCACAAAUGACCCUAAGGACUCCACAAAAUGUUACCUUCUUUUUGCUAAUCAGCUACUUUGUGAGUACAACAUGCAGUUUAAAAAGGUUUCAGACCAUGCAGGGAUUCAAAUUUUAACAGUCUUUGCUUCAGAUUGGAAGUACAGUUCUGGCUUUGUCACUGCAGACAUGAUUAAAUCCCACCUCCCUUCCCCUGGCAGCGAGACGCUCGUUCUCAUGUGUGGGCCACCACCUAUGAUUCAGUUGGCGUGUCAGCCCAGCCUGGACAAGCUGGGCUAUCCCAAGAGCAGUACGUUUUCCUACUGA